GGCAGUGUGAAAAAAACUAGGGAAAAAAUUAGGCGAAAAAAAUUGUCAAGUGGCAGUCGGGUGCCUUCGUUUUUAGUUUCGGGUGUGUUCACGAGAUAAAUGAAAUGUAAAUUACACGAUAGCAAAUAUGAAGGAAGCAUUUAAAUAAAGGGAAUUGCUAGUUAUAAUGCGGUUUUUAUUUAUACUGGCUUAUGAAUUGGCAACGAAACGAUUACACAAACACACAAACACAUCGUUUUAACAACACAAUAAGUAAAUCGAAAAAUCGAGCACUCGGUCGCGUUAAAGAAAAUAUCAAUAUAUAAAAGUAUAAAAAAUAUGCAAUUAUUAAAUAAAUAAAUGGUUCGACAAACAGAAUAUGGAAAAAAUAAUUUAUUAAAGUUUAGGCAACUAAUUAGUGAGUGUCAGUGGAGUAACAGAAUCUCAAAAGCAAUUUCCGUUGUUUGUGGUUUGUUCUCAUAUACAAGAAUAAAUUUCCGAAUAUUGUUUUCGCAGUCUGCUGGGCCGCACCAAGAAAAAUCCUUUUGGCCUUUUUGGUAGGAAUGUACCGUGCAUGCUUACUAAUGUCCAAUUCUUACAUUUGAAUGCGAAUAUUGCAAUGGUGUCCGAAGGAUAAGUCCUUUGUCUUGGCAUUGUCUUUUCUAAUCCGUGUUCAAUUGUCCAUGUCCGUAUUCGACAAAAGAUAUUUACUGGUUUAUAACUUACAUUUCGUAAAAAUUCAAUAUCGCGAAAAUUUUCAAGACGUCGAUAAAAGCACAUUCUCACAAGUACAGAGACAGAAUAUGAGAAAAACACAACCAAAAUGAACAUGAAGAGAAUCAAGAAUAUGCACUAAGUUUAAUUUGAUUGAUAACAUAUUCGGUCUCAGUCACUCAUUGCUCGUUUAACUAUGCUACACUAGUGCUAAAACAAUGAAUGCUCCAAAGUAUGCAAUCAAUUACUAAAAUACUAAGACACUGUCAUUAUACGUGUUCUACAACUGUUUGUAUGUAAACAUUUUUGCUAUUUCUUUAUGCUUUUAAUUCUAUUCACAUACAAAAUGAUGUGUGAAUACAUUAUGCAGUAGAAUGCGUACAAAAUUAUGCUAUACUUUAACAGUGGAACGUUUGAAUAAUGAAGUAUAACUUAAGGCACAUUAUGGAAAUAAAUAGAAACCAUUUAAAAAAAAAAACACACCCGCAAAGUAAAUACAAUGAAAAAAUGUAUACAAUUAAACAACUAAUUAGCUUCUAAUUGCAAAUAAAAUAAAAAGGUAAAAGGAAAACAUAAUAACAAUUUAUGCAAAUAAAUUGCAAGAAAAAGUAGCCAGAAAGCACUUUAACUAUACUAGAGGAAAAAAGAAAAAAAACACAAAAAAAGAAAAACGUAAUAAAAACAAUUUUAAACAAUAACUCAUAUUAACGGUGUGUAAAGUAAAUGCGGAUAUACUCCGUGCCUACGAUUUGUACAUAAAGAAAAAAAAUAAAAAAUAAAAAACUGCUUAAAGAACAAUAACAAUAGAAAUUAACAAAACGAAACACGAAGCAGAAAAGUUUAUUUAAAUUUUUUUUUUAUACUAUCUAACGGAAAACGUUUCUUACAUAGCCGCAGACACACACAAACAUACGCCCACACACACACACACAUUCGUACACACUGAUAAAAAGCAUAUAAAAGUGCACAUUUAUUUCACUUACAUUUCCAUUCCGUAUACAAUGCCUAUAACUAAGCAAUGCAUACAUCAAGGCUCUUGUGAAGCCGCAAAUACAUUAACAUCAGAAGUUUGUGAAAUAGCAGCAGCAACGGCAACACCAACAACAGUUACAAAAGUAACAACUCUAACUACCCCGGCCACAAUUUUCAUGCCUGCUGUUGUACGUGCUAUUCACACUUGUGCUUCAUCGUUUUCACCAUCGCUAACAUCAUCACCGCUACCAUCAUCAGUACCAUCGUCAAUACCACUGCCACCACCAACAGCAUAUAACUUAACUUCAGUAAGUACGUCACCAACAUUAGCAGCAGUAGCAGCAAAAGCAGCAUCACUGUUACCGUACCGAACGUUGAAAAUGUAUUGCCGCCGUUUUUUAAUAGUAAUUGGCCUCGUUUGUUUACUACACUCGUGUCUACUGUGGAAUACCGCUGCCGCUUCUAUUUCAAAUCGUGCUACUAACAGUCGCCCGCUUAGUAAUGCACCCCCAGCCAACGGACCACAGCCACGUUUUUUGUCACGAGGUCAUACAUAUCGUGCGGUAGUCGGUGAUACGUUGGUCUUACCCUGUCAAGUGGAAAACUUAGGCAAUUUUGUGCUAUUGUGGCGUCGUGGUAUUAAUGUGCUGACAGCCUCGAACAUAAUGGUGACAAGAGAUGAACGCAUAAGACUGAUAGAUGGCUACAAUUUGGAAAUAUCGGAUCUAGAGCCACAAGACGCCGGCGACUAUGUAUGUCAAAUAAGUGAUAAAAUAAAUCGUGAUCAAGUACAUACCGUCGAAAUUUUAGUGCCACCUAGCGUAAGAGCUACUCCCACCUCUGGUCAAUUACAAGCUCGAAAAGGUGGCCCCGUUACACUGGAGUGUAAAGGCUCCGGAAAUCCGGUGCCUUCGAUAUACUGGACGAAAAAGACUGGCGCUGGCAAAUCAUCGGCUCGUAUUGGCGAUGGUCCAAUUUUAACUUUGGAGAAAGUUGAACGUCAACAGGCUGGAAUUUAUCAAUGUACUGCUGAUAACGGUGUUGGUGAUCCAGUUAGUGUUGAUAUACGUUUAGAUGUUUUAUAUCCGCCUGAUAUACAAGUGGAAAAAUCCUGGAUACAUUCUGGUGAAGGCUUCGAAGCCAAACUUGUUUGCAUUGUUUACGCUGAUCCUGUUGCAACGGUGUCUUGGUAUCAAAACUCAUUUCUUAUACAAUCAACUGACAGACGUAUUAUGUCUUCAAGGGGAAAUCGUCACACACUCACCAUAAGACAUAUACAGCAAGAAGAUUUCGGCAACUAUAGUUGUGUGGCCGAUAACUCAUUGGGUCGUUCACGUAAAUAUAUGGAGCUUUCUGGACGUCCCGGUCCUGCUGAAUUUUAUUCACCCAAAUGGGGUCGUCUAUCCGACAGUUAUAACCUUACAUGGAAAAUUGAUAGCUAUCCACCUCUAGAGGAAGUACGCCUACUCUAUCGACGUGUUCUGAUGAAUGACACAUUCCAACAGCCAGGUAGAUGGCAUGAUUUCAUACUCACUCCCGAGCAUCGUCCAGCUUCGGAACCGUUAACGCACAUUAUGUCAUAUACCAUAAAAAAUCUGGUGCCCGGAGCAUAUUAUGAAGCCAUUGUGCAAGCGAAAAACCGUUAUGGCUGGAAUGAGGUCAGCGAUAUAUUUCAAUUUAUUGUUGCGAGCAAUAGUAUAGAUAUACCGCCCGAGGAAUCCGAAGUUGUCGCAAGUUCCAAGUCGCGCCAUAAUGCCAGUCAAAGUCUCUACAGACGUAGCAGUCAGCAUUUAAUGCUGCGGACCGCAUUUAACGCAGCACUAUUUUCACUCGGUAUGAAUUAUUUAUGUCAACGCAGUCGUCAAUUUGGUUUAGGUGGAUAAGUCAACGCAAAAACACAACCAUAUCCAUACGAAGCAUAAGUUAAAUAAAAAAUAAAAAAAAAGCAAAUAUAAAAAUGAAAAAGAAAAAAAAAACAUAAACCUUG